GCAGGAAAGUCUGGAACUGAGAACCAAAAAGAACCCCCAAUUAAACAGGGGAGGGAGAGGAGCAGGAGCAGCAACGAGAUGGGUGAUGGCGAGGCAUCGUCCGGCGCCGGCGGGCAGCCGCUAAGUCCAGCGGCUCGGCUGUUUCACUCGCCGCGCAUCAACUGUUACAUCAUCGCCAUCAUGGGAUGCAAGACAAGAAUCAAUCCCGAUGUUGUCAAAGCCGGUUUGGAGCAGACUUUGCUUAAGCAUCCUCGGUUCUCCAGCAAGCUGGCUGUUGAGCGAGGGAAGAAAAAAUGGAGACGGACCACUGUGAAUUUAGAGGAUCAUGUAAUCAUUCCGGAUUUGGAUCCAAAAGUAGAUUUUCCAGACCAAUUUCUUGAAGAUUACGUAUCAAAUCUUACCAGAAACCCAAUGGACCUCUCCAAACCAUUGUGGGAACUCCACCUUCUCAACAUGAAAACCUCAGAUGCAGAGGCUGUCGGAGUCUUUAGGAUCCACCACUCAAUGGGUGACGGCGCAUCUCUGGUUUCUCUUCUCCUAGCUUGCACACGAAAAACCUUGGACCCGGAGGCAGUACCUAGUACUGUUCUGGUUAAAAAAAGAGCAGGUUCAAGUUCAACUAAUUCCGGCGGAUUUUGGUGGUUGUUUAUUGCAGUUUGGUCGGGGUUGAGGUUGAUUUGGAACAGUUUGGUGGAUAUGUUGGUGUUUGUGGCAACCAUUGUCUUCUUGAAAGAUACGAAAACUCCGAUCAAAGGUUCACCGGGGGUUGAGCUGAAUACCAAAAAGUUUGUCCAUCGGACGGUCAGCUUGGAUGACAUAAAGCUCGUUAAGAACGCACUCAACAUGACCAUAAACGAUGUUAUUCUGGGAGUAACUCAAGCUGGCCUCUCACAAUAUCUCAACCGUAGAUACGGUGAGGGUAACAAAGACGUAGAAGCAAAGCAGGGGAAAAGUAACAUUCCAAAAAAUAUCCGCCUUAGGACAGCCAUUCUCGUCAAUCUAAGACCAACUGCAGGAAUCCAGGAUUUGGCUGAUAUGAUGGCUAAGGGAUCGAAGUGUAGGUGGGGCAAUCUGAUUGGAUAUAUCCUCCUCCCCUUCACCAUUGCUUUACAGGACGACCCAUUGGAUUAUGUUCGGCAAGCUAAGGCCACCAUUGAUAGAAAAAAGCUUUCACUCGAAGCAAUACUCACAUUUGUGUGUGCUGAGUUAGUACUUAGAAUAUUUGGAGUUAAGGUUGCUGCUGCUAUAACGCAUAGAAUUCUCUUCAACACUACAUUGGCCGUCUCCAGCUUGAUUGGUCCGCUUGAAGAAAUUAGCUUUUAUGGCCAUCCAAUGGCUUACCUUGCUCCAAGUGUUUAUGGGCACCCGCAAGCACUGACUAUCCAUUUCCAACAUUACUCUGAAAAAAUGACCAUUGCUCUGGCAGUCGACCCAAAUGUGAUCCCUGAUCCUCACCAGCUCUGCGAUGAUCUACAGGAAUCCCUGAAACUCAUCAAAGAUGCAGUUCUAAAAGAGGGACUCAUCAAGGAUGUUGUCUGAGCAGACAAUGAUCAGUUAGGAAUAUUCUUAAUUUGUCAACAAAUGUAAUUGAGGUUUCAGUAACA